AUGGCGGAAGGAGCAGCCACAAGUGAAGCAGAGGCUUUGAUGAGAUGGAAAUCCAGCCUAUCAUCUUCUGCUUCUCUCGAGUCUUGGUCCGUCAAAAACAUCAGCAACCACUGCAGAUGGAUCGGCAUUAGCUGCAACGACGAGGGAUCUGUCUCUGGGAUUGAUAUCUACGGUGCAGGCCUUGCAGGGACAUUGGAUCUGUUCCAUUUCACUUCAUUGCUGAAUCUCACCACUUUCAGCCUCAACGGGAAUUAUCUCCACGGUUCCGUACCAGCUGCUCUUGGCAACCUCACAAGCCUCACUCUCUUGGACCUCUCCGACAAUCAGUUUACCGGCGCCAUUCCACCAGAGAUUGGGCGCUUGACAGAGCUUCGAUACCUGAGCCUCUCCAUGAACCAGAUGGUUGGAGAAAUCCCAUAUCAGAUUGGCAAUAUGAAGAAGGUGCGCUUCUUGGAUUUGGGCUUCAAUUACUUUGAAACUCCUGACUGGUCUCUAUUUCCCACUUUCCCUUUCCUAACUCACCUUGAUCUUGGUAUCAAUGAACUCACCUUGGAAUUCCCACACUUCAUAACCACAUGUCUCAACCUUACUUUUCUUGACUUGUCUCAAAACGCCUUCACAGGCCAAAUUCCUGAAUCAUUGUUCACCAAUUUGGUCAAACUUGAAUAUCUUAACCUCACUAGAAAUGGUUUUCAAGGCCCCCUGCCACCAAAUAUCACUAACCUCUCCAAGUUGAAGGAUCUUCGCCUCGUCAGCAACUUUUUCUCUGGCAACAUUCUUGAUUCAGUAAGCCUUAUUCCAAGCCUGCAAAAUCUAGAGCUGUACAAUAAUUCAUUUGUAGGAAUAAUCCCUCCUUCUAUAGGCCUACUCACGAAUCUCCGAACUCUAGGCCUUCAAAUGAACAGAUUCAAUUCCUCCAUUCCUCGAGAGCUCGGCCUAUGUAACAAGCUGACCUACUUAGAUUUAUCCCAGAAUUCACUCUCGGGGCCAUUGCCGCCAUCCUUUUCAAAUCUGGGCAAUUUAUCUGAGUUGGGACUAUCUGCUAAUAGCCUGACUGGUGAAAUAUUGCCCCGUUUCAUCAUGAGUUGGAGAAAACUAAUCUCACUACAAAUUCAACACAAUGAAUUCAGCGGGGAACUUCCAUCAGAAACAGGCUUGCUCACAAACCUAGACUAUCUGUAUCUCUCUAAUAAUUCGUUUUCAGGCAGCAUCCCACCAGAGAUAGGAAAUCUACAAAAUUUGUUGGAGCUGGACCUUUCAACCAAUAACUUUUCAGGUGAGCUCCCAUUCUCCGUCUGCAAGUUGUCUAGGCUUAGAAUUCUUGUUCUCUCAAAUAAUACUUUGGAAGGAAGACUGCCACAGUGCUUUGGAAACUUGAGCAGAUCUUUGACCAUCUGUCAUCUAAAUGAAAAUCAAUUUAGUGGCCCCAUUCCAUCUACCUUUCUUAAGAAUUGUAGUCUUAUAUCCAUCAAUUUGGGUAAUAACAAAUUCCACGGACGAUUACCCAAAUCCUUAGUCAAUUGCCGAAAUCUAAGGGGUCUCGACAUUGGAAAUGAUAGUAUACAGGACGAAUUUCCCUUUUGGAUGGAACGCCUACGCGAGCUUCGAGUGCUAGUGCUGAGGUCAAACAAGUUUGGUGGUAACAUGUCGUUUCCUUCACGAACCAAGUUUCCGUUUCCUCGGUUGCAAGUUUUAGAUGUAUCCCAUAAUGAAUUUCUAGGCUCUCUACCUCAAAGAUAUUUCAACAAUUUCAAUGCAAUGAUUGAGCCGGUAGAAAAUGAAUAUGAUGAGUUUCUAAGGUACGUGGAGAUGAGGCUCAGCUUGAAAGGUCAGGAUCAGUUAAUUACGAGACUAUUGGAAACCUUCACAACAAUUGAUCUUUCCUCCAAUAGAUUCUCUGGGAGUAUUCCACCCUCCAUAGGAAAUCUUAAGAUUCUCAAAUACUUGAACCUAUCACACAAUAGCCUCACAGGACAUAUACCUUCAUCUCUUGGAAACUUGAGUGAUCUCGAAUCGUUGGAUCUGUCAACAAACAAAUUGGAUGGUAAAAUUCCAAGUGAAUUGACAAGGUUGACAUUUCUUGCGAAAUUAAACCUUUCAAUGAACAAUCUUGUUGGACAAAUACCACAAACAAAACAGUUUUCCACAUUCGAGAAUGAUUCAUACAUUGGAAACUUGGCAUUGUGUGGACUUCCAUUGACAAAAAAAUGCAAAGAGGAUGAUGGGCAGUCGAUGCAGCCUGCAGAAGAAGAUGAUGAUGAAUAUGAAUAUGAAUUCAUAGAUGGAUUUGGUUGGCGAUGUGUUGUAAUUGGAUACAGAAGUGGUUUCAUAGUUGGGUGAUUAUAAGAAGUGGAAGGCCAUUAUGGUUAGUGGAAUUCUUUUUUGGAGUUGGAUAUAAAUAUAAGAAGAAGAAGAAGAGACGCAACCGAGCUGCACCGACACGCAGGGGAAGUUAAUUCAGUUGUGCGAUUUCUUGAAUUGCUGCUUAUGUUUGAGUUGUGUUUUGUAUUUCUUUUUACCUUUAUAAUUUCUACUUCUGUCGUUUCGCUUAGUAUCUAUAAUAAAUAAAUUCAGGUAU